AUGCUGUUAGUUCAUAUCAUUCUAGUAUUGACAAAAGCGUAUAAGAUUGUCACUAAGCCUACACUUGACAGUCCAUGUUUUCUACAUGGUUGUUUUUGGCAUAAUAACAUUGAAAUUGAUCUAUCAAUCAAAAGAAUGCUAUUUACGAAUGAUGCGAUUGAAUUGGAUAUUGUACAAUCGCAGGAGACCAUAGACCUCAGGCCAUAUGAAAAUGCUUCAAAUAAUACAGAAUUGGUAGCUUGCAAAGAAUGCAUUGAAUCCUUUAGACUUAUUUCAGAAUGGUACUUCAGCAGCUAUAAUUCAUUAGAACUG